UUUGAUUCGGUCACACUAUUUCAGUAGAACAACAAACUUGUGAUUAAAAAAUAUUUGUUUUUAGAAAUAUUGUCCAAAACAUGAAGUCUGAGAAACUGAAACGUAACUUUUGGGUGUCCGCCGAAAUAGAGUGCAUGCUCGACUUGAUAAAGGAAGUAAACAACUGCCAAGGAGCACUGUCCACGAGCACCACCCAGUACACCUUCAUCCAAAUUGCCAAUCAGAUGAAGAAAAGGGGUUUUCCAAAUAAGUCGCCAACCCAAAUCAGAAGAAAAUGGUUUCAAAUGAAGAGCGCUUAUCUGUGUUACAAAAAGGGGAACGUUGAUCGACUAUUUCUUAUACCCGAGAAAUUCCGCAAUGAUAUUGCUCGGUUCGUAGAAAGCGGCGAAAAAAUUGGACGUUCCAACUUAUCCACCAUUUCAACUGGAACACCGGCUGUAGUGCAGCAAACUCACGAAGUAGUCUCCGAGGAAGACACGUCUCCCAUGGACAUAUUCCUGAAUCAAAUUCGUAAAAACAAUAAAAUGAUAAAUUCGGAGUUCUUUAAGAUGGAGGAAUCGUUACAGCAAUUCGAGCAAAAGUGUCAGUUUAUUAGAGACAGAAAUAUCAAUAAGCUCAUCGAUGGUUAUUAGCCCCAUACAUAUAAUGUAAUAUUUCUAAAUGUAUAGUGAAUCCAAUAAAAUGUAAGCAAAUCUAA